AUGGUCGAUCGGCAAGAGAUCCCCCGCGAUGGCAUUACUUGCGUAUAUGCCCAUCCUGACGCACAGGCAGACAUUGUCUUCCUCCAUGGCCUCAACGGCAACCCCACAAGGACGUGGACUGCCAAGGACUCGGCCGUCUACUGGCCUGUCGACUUGCUGCCCAACACGCUCGGCCCAGACGCUCCAGUCGACGUCCUCGUCUACGGGUACAACGCCGACACGGCCAGCACCAGCGAACGCAGCGCCAGUGACAAUUACAUCUACGAGCAUGCCCAAACCCUCGUGACCGAUCUCACAUCCUACCGUGGCACGAGGGGCACCGCAACGAGACCCAUUAUCUGGGUUGCUCACAGCCUCGGCGGCAUUCUCUUGAAGCGUGCCCUCAACUACUCCAACGACCUCAAAGACAGACACCAUGAAGCCUCACGCUCUAUUUUCGUCUCGACCUUUGGCAUCAUUUUCCUGGGUACACCCCACAAAGGAUCCGGCCUCGCAACCUGGGGUUCCAUACUGCAAAAUAUGGCCAGAGCGACCAUGCCGAGACGACUCUUUGACAGCGAACCCGUCUUGAUCAAGACGCUGAAGAAGAACAAUCAGACACUCCGAGACAUAAAUGUGCACUUCCUCGACAUCUACCAGAGGUUCAAGAUUCAGAUGGCCCAUGAGAAUCACAAGACUGACUUUACCAUUACCAAACGCCUCGUUGUCGACUCGGCCUCUGCCAACCCGGAGCUUCCCGGCGUUCAAUAUUUUGGAAUCGAGGCCACGCACUCCAACAUGUGCAAGUUCAGCAGCUCGACAAGCCACGGCUACCGCAUUGUGACCGGCGCCAUCCGCGAGUGGGUCAUUCAGGGCCCCUCCGUCAUCGAGCGCCGUUGGGACGUUGAAAGGAACGAAUCGCGCCAGCGUGCCAUCGAGGAUGCCACCGAGCGCCUCGGCCCCGCUGCUGCUGGCUUUCCGGGGUUCAACACGCCGAUGACUUCCUCCGGACAUUUUGAAGGCCCAUCUGCCCCACCACGUACUACGCCGAGUUUGAGCACGCCCUUCCUGCAGCACGCGCAAUCGACUCGCUCGUCGCUUUUCAUCACCCCCAGCCAUUUUCACCCGGACACUGUCUUCGUCGGGCGUGACAAGGAGCUCGCUGGUUUGCAUACGAUGUUGCUAGACGAGCACCGACGCUCCCUGGGUACCUCGGCCGUCGUCGUGCAAGGCAUGUCCGGUAUCGGAAAGUCCGCGCUGGGUAAACAAUACAUCUUCAAUCACAAGAGCCAUUACCCUGGCGGCAUCUAUUGGAUCAGGGCGAGCACGCUACAGGAGAUGGAGGACGACUUCUGGCAUAUUGCCAAGAACGAUGCUAUCCGACAGAUGAUUGACCACAGGUCCGAGUUGGACCUUCGAGACCCUAAGAAAAUGGUUGAUGUUGUACGGAGUUGGUUCAAUAAGCUGGAGGGAUGGCUCAUCAUUUUUGACGGCAUCCGCUUCGAUGACCCAACGGCCAUUGGUCACUUCGUCCCGGACAACAAGAACACCAGCAUUAUUUUCACUUCCACAGAGCGUCCCGUCGCUGGCAGUCAUCUCCUCAACAACCCAGCCAUAUUGGAGCUGGGCUUGCUCUCUGUAUCCGAGAGCCAGGAACUGCUCCUUGGGGAGUUGGGCAAGCACAAGCCGUACAAGCCCGAGGACCUCGACAUGGCCGCCAAACUGGUCAAGCUGAUGGACUGUCUGCCUCUGAUGAUCCACAGUGCCGCUCAACAGAUGAAGGCCACCAGGGAACCACUCUCGAAGUACCUCAAGUCCUGGAAAGCCAAGCCCCACAUUGGCGAUGCAGCCCUGCCAGCUUUCCAGUCGAUCCGCGAUGACCUACAAGACCGCGGCGAGACUGCCGCGCUCAAUCUCAUCAAUAUACUUUCCUUUUUCGGCCAGCUCAUUCCUGUGGAGAUGUUGGCUCUGGGUCUCAAGGCGCUGGAUACUCGGACGUCUGUCAAGACGAAGGGAAGCCUGAACAAAACGUUUGCCACACUCAUCGCAUUCGCCCUCAUCGAACGCAGCGAAACAGCUGAGAUUCUGUCCUUGAGUAGCAAAACCUCGGAUAACAGUGGAGAGACGCAGACGGAGCCGCUCGACACGUUGUGGACCCACAGCGUUACACAGGUGUUCUUUGCCAACAUUUUGGCGGACGACAAGCAGUUCUGGCUUGAACGGGCCAUUGCCGUAUUUUGUCGCUCAUUUGAUGAGGCGGAUGCCAGAAUGAAGAGCGCCAAGCCUGAGAGCAAGAAUCCCAACAAGCCAGGUCUGGGCAUGCCUGACGACUACAGACGAUACUCAGCUCACGGCAAGCGGCUCCUAGAGCAUGUCAACAAAAUGAAGAAGACACAGCUUGCCCCUGAGCUCAAUGCAGCAAGGCGUGAGCUCAGGUUGCGACUAGAGAGCAUUCCUGCCGAGCUUGACCGGCUUCAGCGUGCCGUUCUGGCGAGCAUCGUCAAUGGUGACGAGGCACCGAGGAUCUCGGUAUUCCAGCGGUCGAACAGCUGGUCAACGGGCACGGCUCCGUCUCUUUCUCAGGGGUCAUCCUCGUUGUCCAACUCUUCGUUCGUUGACGCUGGGCGUGUUCCGGACAGCUUCUAUCGGUCCCCCAUCGACCAUACCAAUCCGCACGACUACCAUGUCCCGUACCCAGUCCCGCCUCGCUUGAUGCCUUUCCCCUAUGACAAUACGAUGCCUGCUCCGCCAUUCCAGGACGAUGAUGCGGACGACCGAACCGUGACUCCGUUUUCGGAGCCGCGCCCUCCGUGGAACGACGGCGGGAUGAGUGAAGGUGCAGGUGUACCACAGCAUCGUGCGCUCCGGAGGAUGGACAACAGGCGUUACCGAGACCGUGCUGGGGCGUGGAGGGAUGCCUCAGCCAGCAAUGACCCCCGCGUCAGCAUCAGCCGGGAGUCAGUUAGAGGUCUCUUUUCCAUGUCCGAAAGCACUCCGAACAUCUGGAUGCCUGGUCAUGCCCGCGUCCUCUCCGAGAGCCAGGCCGAAGCGGGGCUUAGGAAUAUCAAGAAAGCCUCACCGCCGCCAAAUCGCGGCGGCAGACCAGUUCAGGAUCGGACUCGCAGCCCUGUGCUCGGCGCAGACAAGAUCAUUCGACCUGGACAAGGGUUCAGACCGGACUACCAUUCCGAGCCAGCCCCAACCUCAGUUCUCGAUGGCAUGGCCCCGUCGUUCUUGCGCGGACCUCGAUCGAGAUCUCCACUGUCAUCGCAGGUCGCCUCCAGUUCACAUUCACUGCCCCAAGCGAAGUCUCUAGGGCAGACACAAGCUUUGAUGCAGUCAUCUUGGGUGCCGCCUUACGAUCCUUACCCGCACUCAAACCCUCGCGAUAUACGAGAUGACUUAUUAGACUGGGACGGGGAAAUGGAAAUUAUGGCUCCGAGUGACAUGCAGACAAGCAACUCCAGCCCUGGGAUAUCCCAAGGCCCCUUUGCGCCUCCAAUUCUCUCGGUGUCUACCAACCGACAGAGUAGUUUGCAGCACAACUAUCGCGGUGAGCGGACCAAGGCGGAGCAUUCGACACAACCACACGAUGAGUGGACCAGUGCGAAACCAUGGCCACAGUCAGCACCGCACACCCAUCAACCAGCCUUUCUCUUCUCUCCUCCAGCGCAGGGCGAUGCCACUCCAUUGAGCCCGCAUCCAGUGACUGGCUACACGUCGCAGCCCAUGUCACGCUACCCGAGCUCGGUUCCCAGGGAGCCAGUGCCCAUGAGCAGAGGACGUAGUCGCAGUCGUGGUGGAGAGUUCCCAGGUCGCGGCCGAGCGGCUUCGGUGGUGGAGACGGAGCCCUCGCCCCGGCUUCCAGCCUUUAGCAUCGGGCAAACAUCGUACCAAGCAUGGGAGCAGGAGCACGGGAGGCACACGAGGUCGAGGGGCGACUCGCUGCUAGGAUCCUCGGCGGCGCCCCGUCGUCUGCCUCGGACUGGCACGGCGGGUCUGAGCGGCGGGUCGCGCAGUCCUUCGCGGAGCCCUGUCGACGGUACGCAGAGCAGGGUUGCAGAUGUGACCGCGGAGGAUAUGGUGCGCACGAGGUCGGGGCUGGGGCGAGUGGAAAUGGGUGGUUGGGCACCCGGACAUGGGGAUGUCAAGGCAAGAGAAAACGCGGGGCUGGGGAUUCGAUGGCAGCAAAAUUAA